AUGCGCUUCCUUCUCCCCCGGGUUCUCUCCACGGGGCGCCAGGCUCUUCUCCAGAAGCCUGCCUUCCACACACCUCUGGCCCAGCGCUGCUCCUUCCUCCCCGCCGUGCAGAUCGCCCCGGCCUCCUUCAAGACACAUGCCGGAUACAAGCCGAACCCGUCUGAGACGCCCGUCAACCCGAACGUCAGGAACAAAAUCCACGAGAAGAAGCGCCCAAUCAAGCGUCCCUUUGUGCCUCCACCGACCAAGACCGAAGAGGAGCUCACUGCUGCCCUGCCCUACAUUAUCCGACGCACGCCCUACGCCCAGCUCCCUAUAUAUCGAAAGUUUAUGUCGGGGGGCAACCGCUGUAUUAUCCUCAUCAAGAAGAUUGACGGAGACCGAUCAAAAUUGGUAGAAGAUUUGACAGUCGCGUUGGAGCUUCAGCGAAAGGACAUCCGAUUAAACCCUACAACGCAGCAAAUCGAGAUCAAGGGAAAUUACUUCGAGAAGGCCUUAGAUUGGAUGCUUCAGACAGGAUUCUAG